AUGCCUCCCAAAAGUGGUAUCGCAAAACGGGAGACACCUCGACGUCGCAAGAUCGCUCUUGCCUGCGAGUCAUGUCGCGAUAAAAAGGUCCGAUGUGACGGUGCGAAGCCGAUAUGUGGACAAUGUGUGCGACGCUCAUUCACUGUCGAACAAUGCGUAUAUAAGCUGGAUAAUGCUCGGUCUGCGAGUAAUGAUGAGUAUUUGAAGGUUCUCCAUGAUCGCAUUCGAGAUCUUGAAGAUGCAUGCACAAAAGGUGGUGUUGAUGUACCCCCGGAACUGCCUCAGAAUGGCGGUGAUAAAGCAUCCGAAAGGCCCGAGAGUCAGCUGGGGCAAGAUAUGGACUUGGAUCCACUGGAUGUACAGUCCAGAACUUCUGUUGCCGCUGAAGGGCUUCUCGGACUGGGCUCCACGCCCGCGUUGCCCACCCAGAGCCCCCUGUCGUCAACACCUACAUUUCAGCCUCCGCGAUAUACCGCGCAGAGAAGUCAAUCGGUAGUAGCACAAAACUAUAAGGGCCCACAUGCCUCGUAUAUUUCUCCUGGAUCUGUUCGACCGCGAGAAUCAAGCAUCUACCAUUCCCCGGCUGUGAACUCACACGGCAAUGUCACAGCCAUGGGUGCAAUCUCAGUUGCAGAAGACGGUGAAGACACGGACUCGCCCGGAGAGCAGCAGUAUUACGGAAACUCCUCGGUUGCCUCUUUCAUGCGUCUUGCUGGAGAAUCAAUGCCAUUGCAGUCAUAUAUGUCAGCCCUGCGACACAGCAAAACGGAAUCGGUAAGAUCUCAAGGACCUGAUACCGGGGUCUGGAGAGACUUAGGUCAUCCAUCAGCAGAGCUUCGAUUUGACGACUUUUCACUGCCACCCCGAGAUCUCGCCGACCACCUCCUUGAAUGCUACUGGGAGAGAGUUCACUGCCUAUUCCCAUUUUUCCAUCGGCCUAGCUUUGAGCGAGCAUACGAAAAUCUAUGGGGCUCGAAUAAGGCACCAAAGCCCGAACUACCACAACACAACAUUGGCCUCGGAGGUGCUUUUGAUUACGGUCCAAAUUCAAUGGUCUUUCAUUGCGCCCUCAAUGUUAUCUUUGCUCUUGGUUGUCAUUUCUCUGAUAUCCCUGCAGCAGAACGAGAGGCGGCGGUCUACUCCUUUUUCCUUCGUGCAAAGCGGUUUGUGGGUCUUGAUCUUCUUGACAUAGGCACAAUCGGGGUUGUUCAGACACUGGUGCUAGUGUCCCUUUUACUCCAAAGCACACCGUAUCCGAACCGAUGCUGGAAUGCAAUCGGACUGGCAUGUCGAGCAGCGCAAGGACUCGGCUUGCAUGAGACAACUGCUCAAACUUCAAAUAAACCGUUAGAGACCGAGAUCCGACGGCGAACAUGGCACACCUGUGUCAUCAUGGAUAUGAUUGUGAGCAUGACCCAUGGUAGACCAAGCAUGACCUCCCACCUCGCACCGGUGCCAUUGCCUAUUAUGGAGCCCGACAUGCAAGCGGACGAUCCAUGUGAGCUCAGCGGACAAGCCUGUGAUCACAAGAUGGGGUAUAUGACAUUUUAUGUUUCAAGUAUUGAGCUAUACAAAAUUCUCGAAUCCAUUCUGUCGGAAGUUUACAACGCUUGGCAGAGCCGAUCAAAUAACACCCGCACUGCCUCACCGCGAGGUGCCAAGCAUUGUAGCUUGGAUGUGUUGAUGGAACUCGAUGAUAAACUCUCUGCCUUUGAAGCAAAUGUUCCUCACCCAUUGAACUGGACAGACGAGCAGUCCCAACAUCGCACGAGUAACCCACCCAUAUUCAAGCGCCAGCAAAAUGUCUUGCAAAAUCUUAGAUUCAUCCACCUGCGUCUUCUCUUGUACCGCCCUAUGUUUACCCAACUCUGCUCUGAGGAGCGAGCAGGAUCAUCUCGCCGCUCUGAUACUCAAUCUGGUGACAGAGGUAGUGGCUUAGCUCCGGAGAAAAACAUAAUAUAUUCAUCUGUCUUUUCUAAAUGUGCCGCUUGCUGUGUGGUAGCCGCUAUGGACUUGGUUUCCCUGGUCCACGAGACAUAUCGAACCACGGUGACUGACACGUGGUGGUAUAAUGGAUUUUACACCUCCACUGCAGGUUUUAUUUUGAUCAUGUCAAUUUGCUGUCAUUCCAUCCGCGAGCAAGUCGACACACAAAAGGUCGACGAAAGUUGGCGCAAGUGUGAAGAGAUCUUGGCAUUCAUGGCUAUCUUCAGUCAGUCUGCUCGGAAUUCUCUGCAGUUCCUACAAGUAACGCACCAGCACAUCGUACAAAGCUAUUCCGCUGGUCGACCUGGUGAGAACACACCUCUAGCUUUAACUCAACAGCAGCAAAAAGGACAUCAGCAAAUAAAUAGACCUGAAUUGCCAGCUCAGCCUACGGAUCCGAUUCCCAUGGAACAUGAUACCCGUCAAGAGUCCAAUAACACAGACUUCAAUCUUUUCACAACCUGGGACGAGAUGGGAUUGGGCCAAGAGGAGUUUGGUUUCCUUGGAAGAUUUGAUUUGCCGGAUCUUGCCAGCUGGUUUACUGAUAUUCCAUCUUGA